AGCAGAAAAUGGAGCAGAGCUCGUGCACGGAGGAUCGAAUCCAGCACGUCCUGGAGCGCUGCCUCUGUGACCUGGGUCUGGACACUCCGGACAAACAGCUCUGGAACGCUGGGCUGUGCAUGAACCGCUGGUGUUUGGAGGAACUUGUGAAGCGAAAUCCCCACAACUUCCUUAUCCUUCUGCAGAAAAUACUGAGGAAAACAAAAGAGGUGCUGGAGCGCUCUCAGUAUGAACUGGUGGUUCCCCUCUUGCUCUUGUUCUCUUCAACCCUCCUAAAAGCUCCGUACGUGGCUCCAGACUGUGACGUUAUGCGGGAGGCCUACCUGUUGUUCCACAGUUUUCUGUCCUGGCCUGAGCCGUGCAGCUCCGCCAGUAAACGCCUGCUGAGCGUCAUGCAGCAGGAGCUCAGAGCUCCAGGUAUUUCAUUUCAGAGAAUGGUGAGGGCAGAGCAGGGGUUUUCCUCCGAGAUCCACAGCUCUAAAACCAUGACGGUACUGUUAGUGAGUCCAGAGGAAGACGUCCCUCCCGAGGUCCAGUCCGUCUCCGAGCAGCUGAGCAGCACCCAGUCCUCCAACAGAGACGUCCUCACCACCCUCAUCCAGCACGGCUUCCAGGCGGUUCUGGGCAACAAAUACGAGCUGCAGGCUCUUCACGCCGCCCUGCAGACGAAGCGGACGGAGGAGCUGGAGCGGCUCCUGCAGGAAGUGACCGAGAACAUGCAGAUGGCAGCGUCGGCAGCAGAUUUCAGCACAGCGAGGCAGAGGCUCCUGAACAACAUGGAGAGGAUCAGAGAAGGUCUUGUUCCUGUUCCGGCUCGUGGCUGCACAAACACCGGGUCGGUUGAGACGUUCGUGCUGCCCGUCCCCAAAUGUCGCACGUGUACCUGGGAGAACGACAACUUUGACUUUCUGAAUGAAAUCCUCACGAGCGAGUCGGACCUGGAUUCGACUGCCGACUGUUUCCUGAAAGCAGAGAUAGACGAGGACGAUAAUAACGACACCAGUGUGGAUGAGGAAGAAGAGUUGGAGGGAAGCAAAGCGGACCAGGAGUUUCCAAACCACCGCAUCUCCACCACGUCCUCGUCCUCCAGGGACUCCAUGUUUUCCUGCUACUCUCUCUCCUCCGGCUCGUCCUUGCCGUCCGCCUCAUCCGGCGUGGAGAGUGACUUGAGCGAGGACGCAGGCCACGAGGAGGAGGGACAGGACAGCCAACCGAAACCUAGGAAGAAACCCAAGAAGAAGUCCAGGUCCCUGUUAGGCGUGGAGCGCAUCUCCAUGCUUUUCAAGAACCCCCGCAGCCCGAGCGCUUGCCGCCGAGCCCAGAGCAUGGGUUAUCGCAGAGACUUCACCAAAGACGUUCAAAGAACCAGGACACCACUCAAAUACUCCAGGUCCCUGUCCAGACAGGCGUCCAAUGAUACCGCCAGUCCUCCUUCCCCCCAGAAGCACAUGUGUGUCCGCAGGAGACCGAUCCUGAGCUGUGACGAGGGCGACGUGGCAGAGGGGCCCACCCUGGUCAGAGUGGUGGUGUUCGGAGGGGACAGAGAGGCCGGCAGGCUGGCCAGGGCGUACAGUGACCUGCAGCAGAAAGAGUGCAAAUGUCCCAGACUCACCAAGAUGUGCAAACUGCAGUUUUACUUUGUCCCCACCAAAAGGAGAAGUACGCGGCGCUCAGGAGGACACGCGCCUGUUGAAGGCCAGACAGGAAGUUCAGCUAGAGCUGCCGUGUCUGUGGAGUCUAAUGGCGCCGUAUUGGAGGACAGUACGACACACGUAGCCCAGAUGUUGGGCGCGAUGGAUCCCUGGUACGAGCGCAACGUCCUCAGUCUGCUCAGCCUGUCCUCUGACGUCCUCUGUCAGACGGGCUGUAAGGACGCUGACGUCUCAGAGGGAAGCAGCAGCGGGGAGCGUCUUUCACUGCUGGCCCAGCUGGUGCUUUAUUAUUGCAGACAUGCAGACCAGCCUGUUCUGGUGCCGCUCUACCAGGCGGAGCUCACCCUGGCUGGAGGAGAUAGGAGAAGGGAAGUGUUUGUUCAUUCUCUGGAGCUCGGGCACUCGGCUGGAACCAGAGCUGUUAAAGCCA